GUUAAGAUCCGCGAAAUUCAAUCAAACGACCUUUUGUGUGGUGCCCCCAUUCGCCGCUUUGAUUCAAUUCAGUGAAGCCAUGCUUAGAGUUAGAGCUUCGCAUUUUCCAAUGAUAGCGUCUCCAGCUCUCAGUGCCCUGAGGCUAUCUCUCAUCCCCAAUCUCUCCCUCUCUUCUCCUUCCAAUCUUCGCGCCUUCUUCACUUGCUCCACAUCUCGCAGGGUUUUCUCCCACGGAUUUCUGACUUCUUCGCAUCCUCUUGCUUCCUUCAAUUUCAAGCAACUACUUCCUACAAUGGGGUUGUCGCGCCGCCAAGUCAGAGCCUUGUGUAGCAGCAGUAGCCGUAGUGCUGAAGGUUCUAGGGAGAUUCUGGUGCAACAUUUGCUAGUUAAAGAAGAUGACCAGAAGCUACUAUUGGAUCUUCAGCAGAGAAUCUCAUCAGGUGAAGACUUGAGUGAUCUUGCCGUGGAACACUCAAUUUGCCCAUCCAAAGAAGAAGGAGGAAUGCUUGGGUGGGUGAGAAAGGGGGAAAUGGUUCCUGAAUUUGAGGAAGCUGCAUUUAAUGCACCUUUAAACAAAGUUGUAAGGUGCAAAACAAAAUUUGGAUGGCACCUUCUUCAAGUUUUGUCCGAAAGGGAAGAAACCAUUCUUCAAGACAUUCAACCUAAUGAGCUUCAUGCAAAAAUUCAGGAUCCCAACUUCAUGGAGGAGGCACAGUUGAUUGAUGUUCGAGAGCCAGAGGAAGUGGAGAAAGCAUCUCUGCCAGGUUUUAAGGUUCUUCCCCUCCGACAAUUUGGAAAUUGGGGACCUGAUAUCACUACCACAUUUGAUCCUAACAAGGAUACAUAUGUUUUGUGUCAUCAUGGCAUGCGGUCCUUGCAAGUUGCCAAGUGGCUGCAGUCACAGGGAUUUAGAAGAGUAUACAAUAUAUCAGGGGGAAUCCAUGCAUAUGCUGUGAAGGUUGAUCCAUCAGUCCCUACUUACUAAUUUAUUUUUUUGGUCCCCUUCCCAGAAUAUUUUCAUACAAUAGAUUACUGCCUGCAUGAUAUUCCAUGUUUGUAUACUUGAUGGCAAGAUUUUGUUGGGAGAAAAGGUCAUUAGUGUAGAUUAUUUUUGGGAUUUCAAACAAUAAUUUGAGGCAAGUAGUGAAACUUUGGAAUAUGAGGCUGUAAUUUUCAUAUAUUCUACAUUGUUUAUUCUCA